GCAGCGAUCACGUUCACGUGUAGAUUCCAACCAGUAGCAGCUUCAGUUCAAGAACACGGAACACCCACUAGUAUGUGCUUUUUCGAGAGUGAUCCUGCACAAAUUAAGAUAAGUUCGCUACUGAAUUCGAGUUUAAUUUGUAGUUCGAGUCCCAAACUGACAACGAAUUUAGUGAGUGUAGGAAUGCGGGAUUGAUCCGAUGUUGGUCCAACAAGAUAGUUCAGUCCCCAAAUCCAAACCCCAGAACCCUAAAUCAUCAUUGUUUCCAAGGACUCUUCGAAAUCGAUUUUCCCCAUCUAAAUCACUCGAUUUCUCCACCUGGUUUUCCGAAAACCUCUACAAAAUCAUCACAAUUGCCUUCCUGAUCGCCUCCGUCGCAGCCGUCUUCUUCCUUCGUAACAUCAGCGACUCUGCCACCUUCUUCUGCUUCCAACAAGAAGUCAAACAAAUCGAAACCAUCAUCCAUUUCCCAAAAAUCAAUUACGAUUCCAUCCUACCCAUCACUGAUAAGACCACCCCUUAUUCGAAAUUCAGAUCAGACCAAUGGAUCAUCGUUUCGGUAUCAGAUUAUCCAUCAGAUUCGCUUAUGAAACUCCUAAAGAUUAAAGGGUGGCAAGUUCUUGCUGUCGGAAACUCAAAAACUCCUAACGAUUGGAGUCUCAAAGGUACCAUCUUCUUAUCCCUCGACGAUCAAGCAAAAUUAGGGUUUCGCGUUGUUGAUUACUUGCCUUACGAUUCAUACGUUAGAAAAACUGUGGGGUAUUUGUUUGCUAUCCAACAUGGUGCCAAGAAAAUCUUCGACUUCGAUGAUAGAGGAGAACUGAUUGAUGAUAACAUCAACAAACAUUUCGAUAUUGAAUUAGGUCAAAACGCUAAAAAACAGAUCAUAUUGCAAUAUAACCACGAUAACCCAAAUCGAACUGUUCUAAACCCUUACAUCCAUUUUGGCCAAAGAUCCGUUUGGCCAAGAGGAUUACCAUUAGAGAAUGUAGGUCAAAUAGAACACGAAGAACACUACAACGAAGUCCUCAGUGGGAAUCAAUUCAUCCAACAAGGGAUUUCCAACGGUUUACCUGACAUCGAUUCAGUCUUCUACUUCACACGAAAACAAAAUCAAGAACCAUUCGAUAUCAAAUUCGAUGAACAUGCACCAAAAGUUGCAUUUCCUCAAGGAACAAUGGUACCCGUGAAUUCUUUCAACACAAUCUUUCAUUACUCUGCAUUCUGGGGCUUAAUGCUUCCUGUUUCAGUUAGUUCCAUGGCUUCGGAUGUGCUACGUGGCUAUUGGGCACAACGCCUUUUGUGGGAAAUUGGUGGUUAUGUGGUUGUUUAUCCUCCUACUGUUCAUAGAUCCGAUAAAUUCGAAUCAUACCCAUUUGCAGAAGAGAAAGAUCUUCAUGUAAACGUGGGUGAUUUGAUCAAGUUCUUGAUUUCUUGGAGAUCAAACAAGACCGGUUUGUUUGAAAAGAUUCUUGAGUUGAGUUACAUGAUGGGUAAAGAACGGUUUUGGAGUGAAAAAGAUGUGAAAUUUACGGUUGCAUGGAUUCAAGAUUUGGUUUCUGUGGGUUAUUUGCAGCCUCGUUUAAUGGGACUUGAGUUGGAUAAGUUGAAAGGAGUAGGUGUUGUUAAUUAUGGAGAUAGGAAGGAUUUUGUGCCUCAAAAGUUACCGAGUGUUUAUCUUGGAGUUGAGGAAACGAGUACAGUAAAUUAUGAGAUUGGGAAUUUGGUAAGAUGGAGAAAGAAUUUUGGGAAUGUUGUUCUUAUAAUGUUUUGUAAUGGAGAUGUUGAAAGGACAGCUUUGGAAUGGAGAUUGCUAUAUGGAAGGGUAUUUAAGUCUGUAAUUAUUUUGGCAAAUAAGAAGAAUCGUGAGCUUGUUGUUGAAGAAGGUCACUUGGAUCAUUUAUACAAGCAACUUCCAAGAUUGUUUGAUAGAUUUGAGAGUGCAGAAGGGUUUUUGUUUGUACAGGAUGAUACGAUUCUUAAUUACUGGAACUUGGUCCAAGCAGACAAGAAUAAGCUCUGGAUAACAGACAAGGUAUCAAGAUCUUGGAGCACCGUUCCAUACGAUGGCAACAAGGAUUUUCACGGAAAACAAGCGGAGAUGGUGAAGGAAGUUGUGAGCUCAAUGCCGGCUCAUUUGCAGGUCAGUUACAAGGACCACACGGUCAACCACGAAUCGACCCUCACUGUUUGCGGUUCAGAGGUGUUCUAUAUCCCUCGAAGGCUCGUGGUUGACUUCAUUGACCUCGUAAACCUUGUGGGUGAUCUCGAUAUCCACCAGAAAGUCGCGAUUCCGAUGAUGUUUAUAGCAAUGGAUUCCCCCCGGAAUUUCGAUUCUGUGUUUAAGAAGAUGGUAUACAGGAAGAAACCACCUAAAGACAUUUCCAUCAGUUUUUAUUCUCCGGAAGCACCUGCGGUUCACCCGGUGGUGGUCUCGAAUGAGGAAGACUUUAUAAAGCUCAUUAGAGUCAUGGCAGCAGGUGAUCCGAUGUUACUGGACUUGGUUUGAACAAACAUUGCAUAGGGUGUUGUACACUUGGCUACGAUUUUUGUACCAUUCUUUAUGUAGAUUGUCAUUGUUUUUUUAUAGAUUCUUGAUAGAUGGAUGUUUAUUUGUGUUUUUUUUAAAGUGAAGAAAGAGGUGGAGUUGGAAUGCAGUAAAA